AUGCAAAUGAAUGACGUCAAUGAAUGUGUUGAAGAGACCAGUGGGAUAGCUGCCACUGAGCAAAAUGAUGAUAAUCGUGCAACACAGAUCGAUACAGUCAUCGAUGAUCCUUCAAUUCAGGUACUGAAAGAAGAGGAGAAUUAUGUGGUAUCGUCGGAUGAUGAGAAAAGUGAUUCACAAGUGGAUUCGUUGGAUGGAAGUCAAACGCCCGCUGAUUCGACCGAAUCCGAUGCAAAAAUUGAAGCGAAUGCAUUUGAGGAAGAACUUCGAGGUAAAAAUCUCAGUGAGCAAGUGAAAUUUCUCAAAGAACAAGGUCUCACAUUCCGCACAAUCUCAGAACGUCUUAACGUACCGAUAACGAAUUGUCAUACAGCAAUCAAAAAGCUCCGACUUCCAACAGAGUAUUGGGAGCGGAUAAAAGCCGAAGUACGUAUAAAGAAGCGACAACAAGAAAUGGUGGCGAACGAACUAACGAAUGGUCAUCAAGGAUUCGCAAAUACCAACAGUGCAUCCUCGAGAAAACGACAUCACGAAGAACUGCAGCAAGAUUUUGGUAGGGAAUUGGAUUUGACAUCACCGUCAAAAAUGCCAAACUCGUUGGUGGCUAGUCUAGCGAACAGUGAGAUACAUUCAUUUCAACCAACGACACCGAAUAUAAACGAGAAUAUGCCACUUAGUGGACGAAAACAUUUAACUUUAGAAGAUGGCAAAGUGGUCCAAUAUUGGCGAGAUAAGGGUCUGACGUUACAGAAAAUCGCCGAAAAAUUACAAAUGCCAAUGUCAUCAUGCUAUCGUGCCAUGAAACGUUAUCAAGUAUCGCAGAAGGCGAGUAUGAUAAUGACGAACGACAAAACACCAACCUCAUCGUCAAGCACGUGCACUUCAACGGCCAAUAUCAUCACAUCGACUACAACCACUCCUAUUGAUUCCCUUAUCGAUAUCGAUAAUCGCACUAUCACCAAAUCUACCUCUGAACUUCUUCUCGGCAUGGUCAAUGCAUCCAUGAAUAAUUUGCCUUCAUCAUCAAAUGGAAAUUUAUCUCUGAAUACUUCCGAACGAGUCAAUAAUACAUCGCUUUCAUCCGUUAGCAAUAUUGAAUCGUCUAUCUCUGAGUUGUUAGCAGAAGAACGUCGACGUAAACCGAAACAAAGUCCCUACUGGGCAUUUAUAUUGCCGAGCAGUCGACCGAAUAUCUACCAAUGCAUAUUAUGUGGUCUUGAGAUGCAGUGCCCGAGUGCUUGGAAUGUUUCGCAGCAUAUGAAGAUGCGUCAUCCGGAUAUACGUCAGGAAAUAAAAAACAGUGAAGCGCAAAAGAAAAUCAAAACACCGAAAGAAGAUCCUGAAAUUUCAUCGAAUCUUUUCAUAGCCGCAUCGCACUCUCGAACGUCCAGCAAUUCGCACUCACCAGUUCCAGUCUCACAGGAAACGAACUACGUUCUGCAAACAAUUAAAGAGAAACUCGAAUGGGCUGCUCUUAAAAUGACCUCAUCGACCGAUACCGAAGAGAUAAUUUCACUUAUGAAGGUUAUGUCAAGUGGUUUAACACUUCUCAAGCAAUUCUCACCUCAGCAGUAA